CUGAAUGUCAGCUGCGCCAAGCAGCGAAGCCAAUACAUAAAUAAUUGAAUUUAGAUCUGAAAAAAUUAAUUUUUUUGACACAAAUCAUGACCAAAAUAUCGAUAUUAAUCGAGACCUCGCAUUGAAGACCUCGCGUAGUCAUGAAUCAGCUGUGAUUUGAAGUACUUCACAUGUUUCUUUUCAAUGGGAACAUAACCGUCAUGCAGAGCUUGGUUACACACACAUGUGGACGUGAUAUUUGAAAUGAGGUUUUGCAUUUUUAAUUAAUCAGUGAUAUUCUUCUGCCGUUAUGGAGGACUUUAAUGAUGGAGUGGACGGUAAAUUGGCCUCCAGAAUGCGUAAAGUCAAUCCUGAGCAAUUUUUAACGCUCGUUAAAAUGCACCUGUCCUUUGAAUUGGACAUUACAACUGAGGACAAUGAUCCAAUAACAGAAAAAACGAAGGAUAAAAAAUGGGGACUUCUAAGUUUCUCCAAAAAGCCAAAAUCAUUGAUGAAUUUACAGCAGAAGGGUGAAAGUACUGCUCUCACCAACGAGGGCAUAAAUCAAGUUAAACAGCUCAUGGAAUAUCUGUCUAAAGAACAAUGUAUCGCCCAAGAGGGAAUUUUCCGAAGAACAGGAAAACUGACUCGCCAGCAGGACCUCAAAAUGGCUCUGUACCAGGGGCACCCAAUAGACUUAGAGGAUGGGCCCUACAGUGUUCACGAUUGUGCCUCAGUGCUGAAAAAUUUUUUGGCCGAACUGCCAGAGCCUCUGCUAACAGAGCUCCAUUAUCCUGCGCACUGUCAAAUUGCCGAAUUAUGCAGUACAGAUUCAAGCUCCAAUGAGUCACGACUUCUCGUAUCUCUGCAAUUACUCUUGCUACUUCUUCCCCCACCUAAUCGAAUUCUCUUGAAACACCUGCUGACACUUCUUCAUAAAACAGCAAGUUUUGAGAGCAGCAACAAAAUGAAUUGUGAUACAUUGGCUACACUCUUCACACCCCACCUUAUGUGUCCAAGAAAAUUGUCCCCAGAAGCACUGCACGUUAAUUCCCAGAAUUUAUCAGGAUUGGUGGCAUUUAUGAUUCGUAAGGGGAACGAGUUGUUUGAAAUUCCAACGAAAUUGGCCACUGAUAUCAGGGCUUAUUGGGUGGACCAGGAGAGAAAAUUGUUGAGUCCAAACAAAAAUGAUCUGAAUGAGUCCAUCUCAGACGCAACUGGCACAGCUCACACAGUCUUCAGCUUUGUAGAUCACAAGUUGACAGCCAAAGCCAAUUCAACAGAAGAUACACAAGCAGCACUUGCCCAACUCUACGCCCACAUCCAGGCAAUGCCAGAGUCUGCGAAAAAGCGACGCCUGGUGAAGCAGUUCAAUAAGGAAAAUGGUCAGGGAACUCCAAGGCACGUGAAGCAAGUGCGAACGAAGAGCUUAGGAGACUCCAUAAAAAAACACAUAUUCCAGAAAAAAUUACUUGGGAACAAGAAGUUAAUCGAUAUAAAUAUUGGGUGCACCAUGAACAAAUCGAGUAGUGAAGAGAAUAUUGUGGCCUCUACUCACAAAGAGUUGGGAUUGCCCUCGAAGACAUUAUUCAGCAAAUCAGACGAUGAGCUGAGCUCCGACAGUUUCACUAUCGAGACUGAUAACCUGAUGCACUCAAAACACAUGAGCAGUAGCACAGGCAGUCUGCAUACACCUAAGAGCAGUAUCAAAGCCUUGAAGAUGACGUGGAAGAAUUUUGUGAAUAUACGAGAAGCUCCUGAUAUUGAGAGUGACAAGGGAUCGAACGAGAGGGUAGAGACUCCCAUCAAAGCAUCAAAAAGCCUGAUGACUAUCAGCGAAAAUGGGAGAGCAGUGGGGCAUUCAGACACUCAAAUAAUUGCUGAGGACCGACAGGUGCGUCGAUACAAUUCUGAGCCCUGCGACAUACACUCCCACCAUUUCGACGAUAAAACUCGACAAUCAGCUGGUAAUUCAUCCGUCUCGACACUACAGAGACCCAAAAUCGAGUUGGUUUUCACUCCGAAAAAAUCAGAAGUUAAGACGCCGUCGGGGGGAAAGGGUCAAGGAUCUAAGCAUCCGUCACCUGUUGUUAAGUAUAAAUUUUGGAAUGGAUUAUCAGCUCAUACUUCAACACCUGCUGAUGUUCUCAGACGCAAUUUGACGAAUGGUGAGGGAUGUGUGGUCACCCCCAUUAAGAAAAAUGAUAAGAGCAUGAGUCCUAUCACUCAAAGCACCACCAAAAUGCCAAGGGCUAUGCAGGAGACAAUGAUGACUCCGCGAUCCAGGAAACCCGUGAUGAUGAUCUCAGGCUCAAAUCUGUGCAAUCUGGCAGCACUGGACGGUGAAGCCUCCCAAAAUCUCCAAAUCAUGGACAUCGAUAUUGAUGAUCACAGCUACGUAUCGAGCUCGGAGGGCACAUCGCGGACAGAUUCCCACCUGGAGAUCUAUCACAAUGACAACAAAGAGAACUACCAGCGUCCCCCAUAUCGUGGACGAAAGCUAGUGGCAUCAAUCGAUGAUGAUCAGAUCAAUCAGAAGAGCACAAUGUCCAUCACUAGUACAUUCCGAGAAUAUCUGCUGUCCAGGAGUGUUUUGACUGCAAGUCCCGUGGAUCUGAGCUUCUCGUCUCGUACUGGAGAUUUCGAGCAGUCAGCAUCUGAUGUGAAUAUUCUGGAUGAAGAAGGCCUGUCUGACAGUUUACUUCGCUGCCUCGAUGGAAAUAAUCCAGGAUCUGACACCUCUGGGAUAGCCUCGAGCAGUGGAAAUAGUGCGAAUAAUUCAGGUGAUAAAUUCGAGGAGGAAAACAGAACAGCAGCGAGAAAACGUGGGACAAGUUUACAGCGUAAUGAUUCCAAGAGGUCGGUCAGGGCGAGCAUCCAGAGGGAUGACAAGAGACACCAAUCUGCCAUGCAGAAACAACUCAGUGAAUCUACCCUGAAUUCAGGGAAAUUGAAGGACACCUUCCAGGAGACGUCGUUCUGAUUAUUAUCGUGUUUUCCAUUUUUUUUUUACGUUAGCCUCAAUGUCUAAUCGAAACCGAAGCAAUUUAUUAUGAAUAAUCAUGACUUUCUAACAAUAAAUAUUUUUCUAUGUUGA